AUGGACACAUAUCAAGGAUACCACCAGAUCCUCAUGGCGACUGAAGAUCGCAAGAAGACAUCUUUCGUUACAGAUAAAGGGGCAACAUAUCAAAGGCUGGUGAACAAGAUGUUCGCAAGUCAGAUCGGAAAAUUGAUGGAGGUCUAUGUGGACGACAUGCUCGUUAAGAGUCAAAAAGCAGAAGACCAUCUAACACAUUUGGAGACGGCCUUCGCGAUUAUGAGAAGGUAUGGGAUGAAGCUGAAUCCAAACAAAUGCACAUUCGGGGUUGGAGGAGGCAAAUUCUUGGGUUUCAUGAUUAGCGAACGGGGAAUUGAAGCGAACCCAGAAAAAAUUGAUGCGAUCCUGAAUCUAAAAUCCCCCACAUCUGUGAAAGAAGUGCAGAAAUUAACAGUCGAACUGGGGGAGUUCGACAUUAGUUACCAGAGUCGGACAGCAGAGAACGCACAAGUACUUGCAGACUUUAUGAAUGAAACAUCAAGCGAGCCACCCCAAGAAUCGGGCAUCUGGAUGCUACAUGUAGAUGGGUCGGCUAAUGCGAAUAAUGGAGGCGCAUGGAUAUUGAUAGAAGGGCCCGGUGGGAUCGAGAUGGAGAUCGUCGUUCGCUUAUCAUUUACAGUUACAAACAACGAAGCCGAAUAUGAAGCACUGAUUUUAGGCUUAGAAUUGGCAUAUGAAGCUGGGGCUCGCAACCUUGAGGCAUACACUGACUCACAGCUAGUCGCAAUGCAAAUCGAAGGGAUGUAUGAAGCUAAAGAGAAAUCAAUGAUAGCUUACAAGGAGAGAGCGGAACUACUCAUGCAACGUUUUGAUAAAUGUUCACUUCAGCAGAUCUCGAGAGACGAAAACGAGAGGGCAGAUUCCCUAGCAAAGUUUGGAGCCCUUCUAUCAGGGAUAAGAGAUAGAGGGAUAACAAUAAUGAUCAAGAAGCACCCGGCGACCUCGAAUAAUGGAGAAAUGAAUACGAUCGAAACUCCACGCGCUGGAUCGAAGAAAUCAUAUCUUAUUUGCGAGAAGGGAGAUUGCCAGGAGACCCAUUAA